UGCUGCAUCUUCUUAUAAUUCUGUGCUCUCUCAGGUCAUGUGGCAAUCUUUUCUCUUCUGCUCUUUGUGUUCCUUCUCCAAAGUAUUUCUUAUGGUUUACUAAUGCCGUUUUGCUCGAAACUGUUCUAAACUACUCUUGCUCUGGUUUAUCAUGGGUUCUCGUUAAUGCCCAUUUGCUUAAAAUUUUUCUGAACAACUGAAAAUAUUGUGUUUGACAAUGGGUUUUCGUUAAUUUGUUGCUUUCUUCUCUUAGUCUCUCCACUCUUGAGGUUGGCCAGGAAUUUUGCUUUUUUUUGCAUUUAAAUUUGUAACAUGUAAUUUCAAUCCAUCAGCUGCGUCUUCUUCUAUGUUAGUUUGCUUUUUGGCGGAACUUAGUUGACGAAUAGGUAACUUUCCAUGAUAAUGAAGUAAGAGAAUUAGCAAGAUCUGAGCAUAUGUUCUUUCCGGUAAUUUAGCCUCUUUUAUUUCAUCAUGGAUUCUAUCCGUUAAUAUCCUUGAUUUUCUUUAACUACUCAUGGAAUUUAAGUGAUUUGAUUCAUUGCUAACCAAUUCUUUUUUCCUUCGAAGCAAAUAUACCAAAAUCAUUCUUUAUAUAUUCUUGAAAUGUAAAAUACAUUUACCUAUAGAAUUUUUAUACUAUAAAAAAUGAUUAGUUUAGGCUUAUAUUCCUGUUUUUUGUUCUGGUACUUCUGGCCAUAAAUUCUUACUUUUACCUUAAUCUAUGCAAGCUUAGUUACCAUAUUGGCCUCUCGAGCACUUAAAAUCGGGGUUAGAGUAUUCUGUUUUGUGUUUUAGUUGGUUGUUGGUGAACAAGAAAUUCAAAGAUAUACAUACUACCUUCUUAUUCACCAAGACUUUGAACCAUCAUGGAGGAAACUUUUGUUCCUUUCCGGGGUAUUAAGAAUGAUCUCAAGGGAAGACUUUUGUGCUACAAACAAGAUUGGACUGGUGGUUUCCGUGCCGGAAUCAGGAUCCUAGCUCCAACAACAUAUAUAUUCUUUGCUUCAGCAAUUCCAGUCAUAUCAUUUGGGGAACAGCUAGACAGAAAUACAGGUGGAACUUUGACUGCGGUGCAAACUCUUGCAUCAACAGCACUUUGUGGCAUUAUCCAUUCAAUUGUUGGAGGACAACCCCUGCUCAUAUUGGGGGUUGCUGAGCCAACUGUGUUAAUGUACACAUUUAUGUUCAAUUUUGUAAAGGACAGGAAGGAUUUGGGGCCAAAACUCUUCUUAGCCUGGGCUGGAUGGGUUUGUGUGUGGACAGCUCUGUUACUUUUCUUGCUGGCGAUAUUGGGUGCCUGCUCUAUAAUCAACAGAUUCACACGCAUUGCUGGUGAAUUAUUUGGUCUGCUUAUUGCAAUGCUUUUUAUGCAGCAGGCAAUAAGGGGAGUUGUGGAGGAGUUUGGCAUACCGGAAAGGGAAAAUCCUAAUCAAACUGCAUUCCAACCUUCUUGGCGCUUUGGCAAUGGAAUGUUUGCAUUGGUUCUGUCCUUUGGCCUUCUUUGGAAUGCGUUAAUGAGCCGUAAAGCUAGGACUUGGCGCUAUGGGACAGGUUGUCUACGAGGAUUUAUUGCAGAUUAUGGAGUUCCACUUAUGGUGCUUGUGUGGACUGCAAUAUCCUACAUACCAGCUAAACAUGUUCCACGAGGGAUACCAAGGCGGCUUUUCAGUCCAAAUCCAUGGUCUCCUGGUGCAUACUCAAAUUGGACAGUUAUCAAGGAAAUGACUGAUGUGCCUGCUUUAUAUAUAGUUGGAGCAUUUAUUCCUGCAACCAUGAUUGCUGUCCUUUACUACUUUGAUCACAGUGUUGCAUCUCAACUUGCCCAACAGAAGGAGUUCAAUUUGAAGAAACCAUCUUCCUAUCAUUAUGACCUCCUGCUGUUGGGAGCUUUGGUUAUCUUAUGUGGUCUCAUUGGCAUUCCCCCGUCAAAUGGUGUAAUUCCACAAUCUCCAAUGCAUACAAAAAGCUUAGCUACAUUGAAGCACCAGCUUUUGCGAAAUAAACUUGUGUCAACAGUCCGAAAAAGUAUAAGCAAAAAUGCAAAUCUAGGUCAAUUAUACCAAAACAUGCAAGAAGCCUACAAUGAAAUGCAGACUCCUUUAGCGUAUCAAUUGCCUCCUACGCUGGGAUUGAAAGAGCUGAAAGAAUCAACUAUCCAACUGGCCUCAAGUGCUGGCUAUAUUGAUGCCCCUGUGGAUGAGACUGUUUUUGAUGUUGAUAAAGACUUAGAUGAUCUUUUACCAGUUGAAGUCAAAGAACAACGUAUAAGCAAUCUGCUUCAGGCAUUGAUGGUUGGUGGUUGUGUUGCUGCUAUGCCUCUCUUGAAGAAGAUCCCAACUUCAGUUCUCUGGGGAUACUUUGCUUUUAUGGCCAUCGAAAGCUUGCCAGGAAAUCAAUUUUGGGAGAGAAUAUUAUUGCUCUUUACAGCUCCAAGUCGAAGAUACAAGGUGUUGGAGGACUGCCAUGCAACUUUUCUUGAGACAGUGCCCUUCAAAACAAUUGCCAUUUUCACCUUGUUCCAGACAGUUUACCUGCUAGUUUGCUUUGGCCUAACAUGGAUCCCAAUAGCUGGAGUGCUUUUCCCAAUGUUGAUCAUGCUUCUGGUCCCCGUAAGACAGUAUCUGCUCCCUAAAUUUUUCAAAGGUGCUCAUCUUCAAGAUUUGGAUGCUGCAGAAUAUGAGGAAGCUCCUGCUGUAUCUUACAACAUCACAUUUGAAGAUUCUCAAGCAAAAGCCUCUAACAUUGAUGGAGGAGAAAUUCUUGAUGAAAUUAUCACAAGAAGCAGAGGUGAGAUCCGCCAUACACAAAGUCCUAAAGUGACAAGUUCCACUUCAGGUCCGUUGCACGACAUAAAACCUGCAUAUAGUCCACGUGUGUCACUGAGGACAUACAGUCCACGUGUUAGUGAACUGAGGGCAGAAUGGAGCCCCCAAUCUCCUGCAAAAGUUGAAAUAAAGCGAACUCCUAGUUCAGGCCUGUCUAGUCUUGGACAAAGCACUUCUGGUUCAUCUUCAAGCUAAAGCCUUUUAAUACAUAGUUGCAGUGAGCUUAGUUGUCAAUGUGCUCGAGAGGCCUUUUCACUAAGAUUAUGUAACUGUGUGUUUUAUCAUCUUGGUUCUAAGAAUAGUAGUUACCUGGAUGAGGACAUAAUUGGAGUUAAUGUGAUAUGUGCAUUAUGUUAAGAGAAAGAAAUCUCCUAUUAAAUGUUCCUCUCAGGGCAGCAGUUGUUCUGACAAGGGAUGUUGAUGAUGUUCUCAUCUGUUGCAUGUGCAAA